UUAAAAAGCAUGCAUAUUCAUCUCCAGGAGACAAUGUUUUUCAAAAAACGUAAACGUAAUUUGUCACUCAAAACUCAUCUAAUUAAAUCAGUUUUAAUAACUUGAGAACACGGGUGAUACGUAGAAGCUUUAUACAUUGAAACAUAAUCCCUUUGGUGUGAUAUUCAUUUUCUUUUUGUGAACAGCUGUGACAUGUUUACAUCCGGCAUUAUUAAUCCUACAGUUAAAAUGAUGCACCAGAUUUAACGAUGAUCAGAUUUCUAAAUUUAAUACAACCUGUUGCAUUGUUGCAUCUGAGCAGAUCGAAGCUCAAAGAUAGCAAAAUUCCAUCUCUCUAAGAUAUCGCUAAUCAUAAUAAAACGCAAUCGGAGGGGAUCAAUUACUGAGUCUGUAAACAAAUUUAUUCAAGGGUAUUUGUAAAAACGUGUAUUUAGAAUGACCUCGUAAAGCUAUUAUGUUUGUUUGCUAUGCUUGUUUAAUUUAGGCUGAACGAUGACCCAAUUUUACGUCAUAAUACAAAGAUUUUAGCUGACUGAUGGUCGGAAUUCUCUAAAAGGACGAAAAACAAAAGAGGGAUGAACUGGAGUGGUGCUUUCAAUCUGCAAUUGUACGAGUACAUCCAAAACUACAGCCAAAACACCACCAUUCAUGGAUGGAUCGGUGACAUUGGAACAGACACAUUCCUCAGGAACUCCAGGAUAUUUUAUUCUUACUUUACGCCUGUGAUUCUUGUUGUGGGAUUUGUAGGCAAUUUAUUAUCGCUUUAUGUAUUCUUAUCCAGGAAUAUGAGGGGACUUUCCGCCAGUACUUAUCUGGCUGCGUUGUCGACGUCAGAUCUCCUGACGUUGAUAUUUUACGUUACAGUGGAAUGGCUUAGAAGAGGACUUAUGUAUUUAAAGCCCGAUGUUAUGCUAACAUUUAUUGACGUCGAUGGACUGUGUCAAUUUCAACAUUACAUGUCUUAUAUGUCCCGAUUCCUCUCGGCAUGGUUGGUGGUUGCUUUCACGGGAGAGAGAUAUAUUGGUGUGUGUCAUCCUUUAAGGAGGCGAGAUAUUUGUACAAAAAGUGGAACACGACGAAUAGUAGGUUCAAUAUUUGUCAUUUCCGCAGUAGUUGUGCUGUAUAAACCAAUUCUGAGUGCUAUAUAUGUGAGCUCGGACGGUAAACAUUACUGCACAACAGACAGAGACUAUGAUUUUGUGUCUUUUAUUUUGGAUAGCAUUUAUGCUGUGCUGAUAACUCUAGUUCCAUUCAUAAUCAUUACAGUGUUGAAUAUUUUAAUCAUGCGCAGGCUGAUCAUCAGGAACAAACGUAAACGAGAAUGUAAAAUUGUUACAGAAGAAAGCAUCAUUAGGCUAGAGUUCACAAUUAUCUUGUUAGCAAUCUCGUUCUGUUUCAUUGGAUUGAACAUUCCGUUCUUUGCCGUAUGGUUUCGAAAUUUCCUGCAUUCCAAAUACAUAUCUCGUGUCGACGUUCUCGAACACUUCUCCUCUGACAUUGAAUUUUGGCAAGGCGUGCUUUACAUCACAAGGACUAUCUUCUACGUAAAUUACUGCAUCAACUUUUUCCUCUACAGCAUUACCGGGGCUUAUUUUCGGAGAGAAGUGAAGAUGUUGUUCACGUAUCAUUCGUUAAAGAGAGAUUCUUAUAGCAGGUGUUCGUUACGGAAUUCGCGCUCAAAUUCCCAGACUCCACAGUCAUAUCUUUGAAUCAUUUAGAACAACUGAAUUCCGCUCCAUCGAAUAACAUACAAAUUAAUUUCCGAAGGAAAUUAUCUCUUCUGCGACAAGGCUUCGUAAAUUGACGGGUUUAAGUGUUUAUGUCAGACAGAUUUCCUAUUUCAACACACCGGAGGUCUUCAUGUGCUUUUUUUUCAAUGUGCCAACUAAAAGAUAAGUCCAGAAUUAAGCCAUAACCAGACAACGUUGUCAAGAUCACAAGCAUCUUUGUAUGAAAUAAAGAUAACAAUUUCAAGUUUCUUUACAUGAUGCAAUAACAUUAUACUCAAGUACAUACUGCAAAAGUACUUAUAUUAGCGGUAAUAUAAUUUUAGCGCCUUUCGCACAGCUUAUCGUCCGCUAUUUUAAUUGCGUGCUAAUAUAAACAUAUAGAAGCUUGGCUCGAAAUGCUUUAAUUUAUUAUUACACUAAUCGGUUGUUGAGGAGGAUUGCGUUUAUUUUUGAGUGCGCUAAUUUAUAUACGUUUACAGUAUAUUUUCACACUUUAAUACACUUUUUCAAUGUCAUUAUUUGAAGAUUAAAAAAACAAGUAUAUUUUCAAUAACAAAUGGAUAUUUAUUGUUAUCUUACGAUGUAUAAAACUAUGACUUAUAAAUUGAUGUCAUAGUUUUGUAUGCUCUCUAAGCAACUGUAGAUCUUGUGUGUUUUAUACCAUGGCAAUUAUAUACACAACGACUUAAACUUUCGAUCCAAAUUAAAUAUUCCAAGAUACA